AUCACUUCCUACUUGUAUUUGAAAAAGAAAGAAAAACAGAGAGAGAGAGGGAGAAGCCAAAAAAAAAAACAGAGAAGCAGAAAAAAAUAAAUUCCUUCACCCAAACCCUAGAAUUUUUUUUAGAAAGUUUUGUUUUUUCGAUCUGUUUCUGUGUGAAAAGAUGAUGAAAGGUCUGAUUGGGUAUAGAUUUAGUCCGACGGGAGAGGAAGUGAUCAACCAUUACCUAAAGAACAAACUUCUGGGUAAGUAUUGGCUCGUUGAUGAAGCUAUUAGCGAGAUCAACAUCUUGAGUCACAAACCCAGCAAGGAUUUGCCUAAGUUAGCUAGGAUCCAAUCGGAAGAUCUUGAAUGGUAUUUCUUCUCUCCGAUUGAGUACACGAACCCGAAUAAGAUGAAAAUGAAGAGGACGACAGGUUCUGGGUUUUGGAAACCUACUGGUGUUGAUCGGGAAAUUAGGGAUAAAAGAGGAAAUGGUGUUGUGAUAGGGAUUAAGAAGACGCUUGUGUACCAUGAAGGUAAGAGUCCUCAUGGAGUUAGAACUCCUUGGGUUAUGCACGAGUAUCACAUCACUUGCUUGCCUCAUCAUAAGAGGAAAUAUGUUGUCUGCCAAGUAAAGUAUAAGGGUGAAGCUGCAGAAAUUUCAUAUGAGCCAAGUCCCUCUUUGGUAUCCGAUUCGCAUACCGUCAUAGCGAUUACCGGAGAACCGGAACCUGAGCUUCAGGUUGAGCAGCCAGGUAAAGAAAAUCUCUUGGGUAUGUCUGUAGAUGAUUUGAUAGAACCAAUGAACCAACAAGAGGAGCCACAAGGUCCUCACUUAGCUCCGAAUGAUGAUGAGUUUAUACGUGGAUUGAGGCAUGUUGAUCGAGGGACGGUUGAAUAUUUGUUUGCCAAUGAAGAAAACAUGGAUGGUUUGUCUAUGAAUGACUUGAGAAUCCCAAUGAUCGUCCAACAAGAGGAUCUCUCUGAGUGGGAGGGAUUUAACGCAGACACCUUUUUCAGCGACAACAACAAUAACUAUAACCUUAACGUGCAUCAUCAACUAACGCCUUACGGCGAUGGCUAUUUGAAUGCAUUUUCGGGUUAUAACGAAGGGAAUCCUCCCGAUCACGAAUUAGUGAUGCAAGAGAACCGCAACGAUCACAUGCCAAGGAAACCUGUGACAGGGACCAUUGAUUAUAGCAGCGAUAGUGGCAGUGAUGCUGGAUCCAUAUCUACAACGAGUUACCAAGGAACAUCAAGUCCAAAUAUUAGUGUUGGUAGUUCAAGUAGACACUUGUCAAGUUGCUCAAGCACAGACUCUUGCAAAGAUCUACAAACUUGUACAGAUCCUUCAAUAAUCAGUAGAGAGAUCCGGGAAUUAACACAAGAGGUCUUGAGUUGCUCUUAUGUUGAUUUUGUUGCUAUUUGUUUGUAUCUUGUAAUCUAAAACAUAUGUUGGACUUUAAAGAUGAUGAUUAUGUGAUUUUCCUUUUCAGGUGAAACAAGAAAUCCCAAGAGCUGUUGAUGCACCCAUGAACAAUGAGUCAUCUUUGGUGAAAACAGAGAAGAAAGGCUUGUUUAUUGUAGAGGACGCAAUGGAGAGAAACCGCAAGAAACCACGAUUUAUCUAUCUCAUGAAGAUGAUCAUAGGCAACAUCAUAUCGGUUUUACUACCCGUCAAAAGAUUGAUCCCGGUGAAGAAGUUAUGA